AAAGAUUUUCUUCUUCCGUGCAACAACUCCAAAUUAUCAAGAUGUUUCGAUGGAUCAGAGCCCCCUUCUCCGGCGCAUCGAAACCCGCAGCUACCGCUGUAGCGCCAACCUUAUCCAAUAAAGCAGCCCGUGCUGCCGCCCGUGCCGCCGCGAGGGCUUCCGCCAGCAAUGGAGACCCGGCAGCAGCAGCGACAGCAGCGAUAGCAGCGGCGGAAGGAGCUGAGGCGGUACCUGUGAAGCCGGAGGACACGGUCGAAACGCUCUCGGUACAGCUGAAGAGGCUUUCACACGAACACGAGGCGCUGCACAAGCAUCACACCAGCUCACUGAACACGACGAAAACGGAGGUGAACUCGAUCAAGAAGGAGAUUGCGAAGGCGCUCGAGAAAUCGAAGUCCACCAGUGCCACCGAGAAGAGUCUGUCGAAGCUCACCGAGUCCGUCAACCCGCUGCCGUCGAGGAUAGCAGCUAUCGAGGCCGCGUUGGCGAAGAAGAGCACGGUUGUGCAGGCGGAUCUACACGGGCAGCUGCUGAACAAGCUUACGGCGCGGUUGGCCGCGUUGGAGAAGAAGGACGUGCACCCUAUAACCAAGCUCCUGCUGGAGAACAAGAUUGAUUGGGAAACGAUGGGAUUCUCGAGCGAGCAGAGUCUCGUCAAAUUCGCCAACGACCUGCCGCUGGCUAUUAAGACGAUCCUGCCGAAACCGGAGAUUGCGAUGAACGCCAAUGCCGGCAAGAUUGUCGACAUCUGGCCGCACCUGGCGAAGGACGAACAGAAAGUGGUGGCGAGUGUCUUCCCAGUGGUGUUUGGACGCCCCGUGGAUCAGUGGGAUAAUGCAACGCCGGAGGAGAAGGGAAGGAGUAUUGCCGAUUGGGCGUACAUGGCGGUGUGGAAGUUCUCGGGAGGAAAAUUGUAGACGCCUAACUAUGGGUGCUAUUGUAUCAUUGGAUCAUGUACUAUAUUAAGGCGUAUGGGGAUAAAACUGCUACUCUUCUUCCACUUCACUCAGGGCAAUUAUUCUUUCACUUCAC